AAAUCCUCUAAUAGUUUUCUGUUAUUUUUGUGCAUGGGUGUUCUUUUUCAUACUGAUCUCUAUUCUCUUACUAUUUUCUUUUUUUCUGAAUAUUCCAGAAUUAUUAUUUUCAACCUGCGCAAACCAUCGCAAUCACUGCCUCAAAUGUAUAGUACUUUAUCAAUUGUUCGAAGUAUUAUCUGUUUACUAUAUAGCAAGCAGUUGAGUUUUGUUUACAUGAUAUAAACUUGUUUGAACAAGUACAAAUGGUUGCAAUCACAGUCUUGACUGAAUACUACUUUAUCAAUUGUUCAAGGUUAUAUCGGUUUAAUAUAUAGCAAGCAGUUGAGUGUUGAAACAAGUUGGUUGAAGUAGGUAUAUCUUCUCUAGCUAACUCUACACUAGUGGGUGGAGAACCUGAGAAAGGAAUUAGAAACAGACUAAGGUUUGACUUGGUCAUCUGCAGAUUAUAUAAAUGUCUCAUCCUCAUUGCAUCUCUGUUUGAAGCAAUUUCAUCCAGUAAACUUAUCUGAUGGAGAAAGUCUUGCUCAUGUUUCCAUUGUUGAUACUGACUUUUUUCUCGGUUCCAUGCAAUUGCGAAUCACUUUAUCCGCAUUACUACAGAGAAUCAUGCCCUCUGGCAGAGGAAAUUGUUCGGCAGAAUGUGGCAUCAGUAUUGUAUAGAGAUCCUCUGAUGGCAGCAGCGUUACUCCGUCUUCACUUCCAUGACUGCUUUGUUCUGGGAUGUGACGCGUCUGUUCUUUUGGAUGAUACAUUAGAUAUUGUCAGUGAAAAGCAAGCAACUCCGAAUAAAAAUUCACUGCGAGGUUUCGAGGUGAUCGAUCAAAUAAAGGUAGCAUUGGAGGAGGUGUGCCCGCUUACUGUGUCCUGUGCUGAUAUCCUUGCCCUUGUCGCUAGAGAUGCUGUUGAACUGAGAGGAGGGCCUGGAUGGGAAGUAGAACUUGGCAGGAGGGAUUCAUUGGAAGCAAGUUUCAGUGGUGCAAAUCAGUUCAUACCUGCACCAAACUUUACACUAGAGCAACUCAUUGCCAACUUCAAUUCUCAUGGUCUGGACAUCCAAGACUUAGUAGCUCUCUCAGGUGGCCAUACGAUCGGAAGAUCGCGAUGCCUGAGCUUUAGAAGCAGGAUUUACAACCCGCAAACAUACGAAGAACAAAAGUACUACGAUAGAAGCUAUGUUUUUCGUCGAACAUUGAGUUCGAUAUGCCCGGAAUCAGGGAGGGACAAUGGAUUAGCACCAUUGGACUUUAAGACAUCAAGAAGAUUUGAUAAUCAGUAUUACCAUAAUAUACUUGAAGGUAAAGGUUUGCUGGAGAGUGAUGGUGCACUUGUUUCAGAAGACUCAGAUGGUGAUGUUGUUAGAUUGGUGUGGGCUUAUGCACUGAGCCAACCUUUGUUUUUCAGAGAUUUUGUGAGUUCUAUAAUUAAAAUGGGAAGCAUCAAUGUGCUCACUGGAGAUGAUGGAGAAAUCAGAAGGAAUUGUAGGUUUAUAAAUCUUUGAUACUUUCCUCUUCACCUUCACUCACUUGUGCCAUUAAUAUAUAUAUAUAUAUAUAUAUUUGAUCAUUUGUCAAUUCAAUACUGUAGACAAAGAGAUAAAUAUUUAUUCUUUUCUUUUUUUGUUC